GCUCUAUAGCAUUCAGCAACCAUAGCCAUGGCUAGUACCUACACAUUCCGAUUCUCAGUUCUCUUAAGCCUCCUCUUAGUUUCAUUAUUGGGUGUUAAAGCAGAAGUUCCCCAAGCAUGCUCGAACUACGAGUGUCCCACAUAUGAUGUCAUAGAAGUGAAAAAGGACUAUGAAAUCCGUCGCUAUAAUUCAACCGUGUGGAUUUCGAGUGACCCUAUUGAAGACACUUCUGUGGUUGAAGCUACAAAAACUGGCGUCAAGAGGCUAUUUAGUUAUAUUCAUGGUAACAACAGCCAGAAGAAGGAAAUAAAGAUGACAUCACCUGUGGCAACUGAAGUCUCAAAUGGCAGUGGUGGAAAAUCAUCAUAUGUUGUGAGCUUUUAUGUGCCAAAAGUGAACCAAGGAAACAUACCUACAGCAGAUGGUCUCUCUGUUCAAAGAUGGAAAACUAAAUAUGCAGUAGUUAAGCAAUUUGGUGGAUUUGUCAGAGAAUCUGUUGUUGCAGAUCAAGUUAAUGCCUUGAAGGCUAGUAUUGCUGGCACUAAGUGGUCUACUAAACUUCCUAAAAGUUUCACAGUGGCACAAUACAAUGCCCCAUUUGAGUUGUUCCAUAGAGUGAAUGAGAUAUGGUUCUUGUAUGAUAGUGAAAAUUAAUAGCAUUCUAAGUAGAAUAUACUGCACAAUGCCAAUUUUCCAUUAUAUUGAAUUAGUUAAUAAAGUAUAUUAUAGCUAGAUAAACAAUUGUUGCAAUGAUUCAUUAGUGUGUGCUUAAUUA